AAGGCGAGGCGAGCCAGCCGGCUGGAAAAGGAAGAAGAGCGCCGGAGACUGAGAAAGGAAAGGCUGCGGGGCUCCGGGCAAGACAGCUGCGCGGGGGCUGGAGGAGGAGGAGGAGGCGCCAGCUUUUGGCACCUUUUGGAAGGUCGCAGAGUUUUCCGCCCCGCCGGCUCUUCUGCUUCCUACGCCUCGGACGGGCGCUUCGAUGAGAAGCCGCCGCGCCGACCCGCUGCUGUUGCGGCGGCUGCUCCACUUUUCCGCGCCGGCAGCUGGAAGAUAAUGCGCCAGGAGGAGUUGAAGAAGAACUAAGAAGCGGGAGGAGGAGAGAAAAGGAAGGGAAGAAGGAAAAGAGGAGGAGGAGGAGGAGGGGUGUGGGAAAGACCAGCGGGCCCCAGACCUCGCGCGACCUCUGCGGCAGCAGGGACGGGUUCAAAGCUUCCUCGGGCCCCGUCCACCUCACCCCACUGCCUCCUUCCUGCUUCCCCCUCUCUUUUGCCACCGUCGCCCGACCAAACUUUCUCUCGCGUUCCCUUUCCGCGAGUUAGCGGCGACGCAAAGCGAGAGCCUUCGAUCCUUCUCUCAAAGCUCUCCGAAGUUCGAUAAAGCCCAGAUCCUAUCCCUCAUUAGCAGGAGGCGCGUCGGCCGAUAGAUAGGCAGGUAGGCAGGUAGGCAGGUAGGUAGGUAGGUAGGUAGGUAGGUAGGUAGGUAGGUAGGUAGGUAGGUAGAUAGAUAGAUAGAUAGAUAGAUAGAUAGAUAGAUAGAUAGAUAGAUAGAUAGAUAGAUAGAUAGAUAGAUAGAUAGAUAGAUAGAUCCACGCAGGAAAUACAAGACGCUCGGACUCGCUCGCACACGCAGGCUUCUUCCAACAAGGGCGACGAAGCUCCGGAACGCAGUUUUCCUUCAGUCGUGGAGGGGGGCGGCGGCGGCAGCGGCAGCCAUGGCCUCUAGCUCGGCGCCGGCGGCUUGGAUUCCCCGGUGAGACUCGCUUUGCGGUCGUUUCUUCUCACCAGCGGCCAGCUUUUGCCCUCGCCUCUUCGGCCGGCGGUCCCUUCCUUCGCGCUUUCUCCAGGGGCCGGUCGCUUCUGCCAAGCGGAGGAGGGAGUCGAGGCAGGGUCUACAAAGCCGGGGCGGCUGCGAAGCCCCGGUGCAGGAGAAGAAGGGAGGAAGAGGAGGAGAAGGAAAAGAAGGAGAAGGAGAAGACGCGGCGCCGGCGGGACUGUGUUGGAUGAGUUUCUCCAUGAGAGAGCCCGUAAUCCCUGGGACCAGUAUGGCUUACCACCCCUUCCUACCUCACCGGGCGCCGGACUUCCCCAUGGGCGCCGUUUUGGGUCACCAACCCCAUUUCUUCCCGGCUUUGGCCUUGCCACCCAACGGAGCGGCCGCGCUUUCUUUGCCCGGCGCUUUGACCAAGCCGAUCAUGGAUCAACUGAUCGGAGCGGCGGAUUCCGGCCUCCCUUUUUCCACUCUGGGCCACCAAGCCGCGGCUCAUUUGCGGCCUUUGAAAACCCUGGAGCCCGAAGAAGAGGUGGAAGACGACCCCAAAGUCCACCUGGAAGCCAAGGAACUUUGGGAACAGUUUCACAAAAGGGGUACAGAGAUGGUGAUCACGAAAUCGGGAAGGAGAAUGUUCCCACCUUUUAAAGUAAGGUGCACGGGUCUGGAUAAAAAGGCGAAAUACAUUUUAUUGAUGGACAUUGUAGCAGCGGAUGACUGUAGAUAUAAAUUCCACAAUUCGAGGUGGAUGGUGGCUGGGAAAGCCGAUCCCGAAAUGCCGAAAAGAAUGUAUAUCCAUCCGGAUAGCCCAGCAACGGGCGAACAGUGGAUGUCAAAAGUCGUAACUUUCCACAAACUGAAAUUGACCAAUAACAUCUCGGACAAACACGGAUUUACCAUCUUAAACUCUAUGCAUAAAUACCAGCCUCGGUUCCACAUCGUCCGAGCCAACGAUAUCCUGAAGCUACCGUACAGCACAUUCCGCACUUACGUCUUUCCCGAAACGGAAUUCAUUGCUGUCACAGCCUAUCAGAACGAUAAGAUCACCCAGUUAAAAAUCGACAAUAACCCUUUUGCCAAAGGCUUUCGAGACACAGGGAAUGGAAGGCGAGAAAAGAGAAAGCAGCUGACCCUUCAGUCCAUGAGAGUUUACGAUGAGAGGCAGAAAAAAGAGACUUCGGACGAGUCUUCCAGCGAGCAGACGGCCUUUAAAUGUUUUGCUCAGUCGACAUCUCCAGCUGUGUCCGCUGUCGGUACCUCUAAUCUUAAAGAUCUGGGUCCCAGCGAUGGCGAAAGCGACUCGGAAAGCAAAGAGGACCCCAUGGAAGCCAACGAAGUGGGGAAGAUCUCGACCACCACGGCCAACCUCGCCCCCCACAGCAGCUCCUCCUUGGGAAGAGGAGGAGGAGGAGGAGGAGAUGGGACAGACGUUCGAGAAGGGGGAAAGAACAGCCCUUCCAAGACUCCCCUUUUCCCACCGGACUCAGCCAGCAGCAGCCGGGAGAGCAUCUCGAAAGUGCCUCCAGAUUCCCAGCAUAGCCCAGCCACCAUUUCUUCCAGCACCCGGAAUUUGGGAGGAGGCAGCGGAGAAGAACAACGAAAGAACCAGGAGGAAUGCAGGCUCCUGAACAAAGAACCCUUCUCGCCCUUAACCAUUCAAACUGACAGUCCUGGGCACCUGGCUCCCAGUCACCUCUCCAACCUCACCUUUCCCCACGGCCUGGCCAGCCAACAGUUCUUCAACCCCCUAAGCAACGGACACCCUUUCCUCCUCCAUCCCAGCCAGUUCGCCAUGGGUGGAGCUUUCUCGGGCAUGGCUGGCAUGGGACCUCUGCUGGCCACAGUCUCCGGGGCGACGUCAGCGGGAGUUACCGGUCUAGACAAUACGGCGAUGGCCACAGCAGCUGCCCAGGGAUUAAGCGGGGUUUCGGCGGCAGCUGCCGCGGCUGCCUUACCAUUCCAUUUUCAACAGCACGUCCUGGCUUCACAGAGCCUGGCCAUGUCUCCCUUCGGCGGCCUCUUCUCCUACCCGUACACUUACAUGGCGGCGGCGGCGGCAGCAGCUUCGACGGCCGCCCCGAUGCACCGACACCCGCCUUUCCUGAACGCCGCCGCCGUGCGCCCUCGCCUGCGUUAUAGCCCUUACUCCCUCUCGGUGCCUCUGCCGGACAGCAGCAGCGGAGGAGGCGGCGGCGGCGGCAGCAGCUUGCUCACCACCGCCCUGCCGCCUUCGCUGGUCGGCGGCGCCGAAGGCAAAGGCAGAGCUUUAGCCCCCAGCCCCGGGUUGGGCGCUUUGGAUUCCUCCGGUUCGGACCUGAACAGCCGCUCGUCCACCCUCUCUUCCUCCGGUUCGGAUAAAGAGGCUACCAGCGAGCUGCAGAACAUCCAGCGCUUAGUGAGUGGACUCGAGUCGAAGCAAGACAGAGCCAGGAGCGGGUCGCCCUAGGGAGGGAGAGGGGGAGGGGAGGGAGAUCGUCCCCUCCCUUCCCCGCCCCCCUAUAGUAUGCGGGAGGGGAUGGGCACCUCCAGUUUCUCCCCCUCUCCCCUCCCCCCCCCACACGCCUUAUGGGCCCAUCCGGUCUCUCCACCUUGGGCAGCGGGAGUGUGUGGGGCUGGGGUCCCGCUGGGGAUGGAAGGAAGGGGAGUUGGGCGCUGCUGGAAGCUGCUAUGAACCACUGUUUUGUCCACUGGAGGCAGGUGUGAAUUGUGGGGUCCUCUCCCCUUCUCCCCCCCCCAUUCCUUCGGGUUGUGUGGUUUUUUUUUGUUUUGUUGUUGUUGUUGUUCCUGCCUCCCCUUAAAGAUCAAAACAGAGAUGGGCAGAGAAAAUGGUUGACUUCUUCCCCCCCCCCAUGGAGAAUUUAUUUGUUUGGGGGUUUUUUGCCUUUGAAAAUCAAGCCGAAAAGGGGGAGGGGGAAGGAGAAAAAAGAAGAGCCUUUUAAUAUUUUUUUGAGGGUGGGCGUGGGUGUGUGUGUGGGUGUCUGCCACUAUAAUUCGUUUAUUUCUGCAUGGUUGGUUCCAAAACUCUUUAUUUUGUGAAAGCCCCCAUUCCAUAAAUGCUUGCUUAAGGUCCCCAGAGCAUUAAGUGUGUGUGUGUGUAUUGCAUAUAUAUAUUGAAUAUAUACUGCUCAAAAAAAUAAAG